AUGGAUUCUGAAAAGGUUGACGAGAAACGCUCGGAACGUUCCCCUGACACACGCAUCGACAACCUCAACUACGAGAAUUCCUCAUCAUCACAGACCGUGAUUGAACAACAAAAGGCAGCAUCACAACCCUCCGGCGUAUUAGGCAUCUUCUCCAAGCUCGGCAACCUACCGGAAUGGCACGUCCCCGGGGUUGGCCUGCUUCAGGGCAAGGCACUGAACAACUCCAUCGCAUGGUGCUCCUGUUUAGCAUUCCUCAUGUUCGGUUAUGAUCAGGGUGUCUUGAGCGGAGUUCUCACUCUCGACGAUUUUCAACGCCACUUUCCUCUCAUGACACCUCGCGAACGUCCAAAUAACCUCUGCUGGCUCGAUGCACCGACGAACACUAUACCUGAUCCGACUAUGUGCACAGGUAGCCCGAGUAUUCUCUCUGCCUGUGUCGCGGUGUAUCAGAUCGGUUGUUUCCUAGGCGCUGUUCUCAUCUUGUUCUAUGGCGAGACCUGGGGCAGGAAGAGCAGUAGCUUCUGGGGUAGCUUCAUCAUGAUUGUCGGAACAAUCAUUCAAGUGGCCGCAGGUGGUACAAAUGGAGGCGGGGUCGACGGGUAUGCUCUGCUAAGUAUUGGACGUGUUGUUGGUGGAAUUGGCAAUGGCAUGGUUACAGCAACAAUCCCGACCUGGCAGUCUGAGUGUGCGAAACCUGAGAAGCGCGGACGCUUGAUUAUUACGUCCGGAGCAGUCAUCGUCGCCGGUGUGAUGAUAUCCUACUGGGUUACCUACGGCUUCUACUUCCUCCCAUCGGGCGAGAGUUACUCUUCUGUGCGCUGGAGGUUUCCCAUCGCCUUUCAGUCUUUCUUCACAGUUCUCGUCAUGAUUGGCCUCUGUUUCCUACCAGAUUCGCCACGAUGGCUUGUGAUGCGCGGUCGCCACACCGAAGCUCGGCACCUACUCGCUCGUCUCGCCGGUGCAUCAGUAGACUCGGAAGAAGUGGACACGGAACUUAGCAACAUCAAGGAUGCACUUGAAGCGCAAAGCAGAGACGGCCCAUUCAAGAUGAAGGAGCUUCUGCACAAUGGCCCAAGUCAGAACCUAAGGCGUACGCUGUUAGGUGUCGCAUCGCAGUUUUUCCAGCAAAUCUCCGGAAUCAAUCUCAUCACCUACUAUGCAACCUACGUCUUCGAAAACUCGCUCGGUUUCGGCCCAGAUAUGUCACGUCUCUUAUCCGCUUGCAACGGCACCGAAUAUUUCCUCGCCGGCCUCGUCGCCAUUCCGUUGAUCGAACGUGCCGGUCGCCGCAAACUCAUGCUCUUUGGUGCAUUUGGAAUGAUGGCUAGCAUGGCUAUCAUGAGUGGUAUGACAUCGACUGCUAGCGAGAAUGAGUUUGGUGCCCCAGUCUUAGAGCCAAAGUAUGGCAUCACGGCUGUGGUAUUCAUGUUCGCCUUCAACACAUUCUUUGCCAUCGGCUGGCUAGGAAUGACCUGGCUCUACCCUGCCGAAAUCACCAACCUCCGCAUCCGCAUCCAAGCAAACGCACUCUCUACCUGCUCCAACUGGAUCUCGAACUUCCUCAUCGUCAUGAUUACCCCACCCGCGUUCGCCAACCUUCAAUACAACACGUAUACUAUGUUCGCCGUCUUCAACGCCUGCCUCAUCCCAAGCGUAUACUUCUUCUUUCCAGAGCCCAAAGGAAGGAGUCUGGAAGAGUUGGAUGUCAUUUUUGCGAGUGCGCAUCAUGACGGUAUCAAUCCGGUCAAGCAGGCGAAGGACAUGCCGAAAUUGAUGGGGAGGGAACUGGAUGUGGAGAUUGCGAGGUAUUUUGGAGGGGAUGUGGAGGAGGCAAGAAGGAGGAGUGUUGCAAGUACUGGGAUCACUACAUGA